UCGAUGCUCUCUGGCACACGUGUACGGAUGAUAUAAAUGUAACGGCGAAUGCAGAUGUUUCCCAUUUUCAAUUCCCUGUCACGAGAAAAAAUCGAGUGCUCACAUCUAAUUUGCUACUGUUAUUUAUAUUCGAUUUUCAUCGCUGAUUACUGUUCAUUAAGAAAUUCAGCAGACCGGUAGUCAACAUUCCGAUCAGUUUCCCAACCAUCUUAAAGAUUUUGAGGUUGGAAAUGAUCUGUUGAAGAAAGAAGGGUGAGACCUUGGAGAAGCAAAGCAAAAUGCAGAACAAGGGAUUUUGGAUGUCAAAGGGUACAGAUGGAGAUCCAGCAUUUGAGAAUCCAUCCAGGCUUGAAUCUAAACGAUCUCAUCAGUGGUUUAUAGAUGAUGCUGAGCCUGAGUUGUUCCCUAGCAAGAAGCAAGCAGUGCAAGCUCCAAACAGCACCGUGACUUCUGGAAUAUCCAGUGCAAAUGCUCCUUCCUGGGAUAACACCCCUGGUUUUCAGUCUGUCCCAAACCAAUUUAUUCACCGGUUAUUUGGGGCUGAAACUGCAAGGUCUGUCAAUUUUGCUGAAAGGAAUUUAUAUCCUGCUGGAACUGGUGACUCAAAUGCAUCUGUUAGCCUGUCUAUAUCUCAUGCUAUGGGAGAUCCUGAAGCCUGUGUUAACUAUGGUGGUUUUAGAAAAGUCAAAGUAAAUCAGGUUAAGGACUCUGACAGUGGUAUGCAUGUCCCAAAGGGACAGGGUUUCACAAUUGAAAGUGACAGUAACAAUUCCACUGGUCAGGGCUUCAACAGGGAAAGUGAAAGUAGCUUUAUAUCAAUGGGGCAAGCAUUUGAUGAGGAUAAUAAUGUCACAGUGAUGGGUCAUACCUACAAUAAAGAAGAUGCACACGUUGGGUCAAUGAGCUCCACUUACAUCAAAGUUGAUGACAGUACCAUUCCAAUAAGUGACACAUAUAGAAAGGAGGACACCAAUCUAUUAUCGUUUGGAGGAUUUGACGAUGCCCAUGAUAUUAUACCUGUCUGUAGGCCAAUCAACAAUUAUGACCACUCUUACGAUCAAUCUUCAGUUAAAACACGAGAAGCAGUUGAUCAAAAAGAGCUGGGUGCCAAGGCAGUUGCAGGUAAUACUCGGGCAACUAAAUCCAAAUCUGAACCUGUUUCUAAGAACAGACAAGAGUUGAAAACUACCAGAAAAGAAGCUCCAAAUAGCUUUCCUUCGAAUGUCAGAAGUUUGAUCUCAACUGGCAUGCUUGAUGGAGUCCCUGUAAAGUAUAUUUCCUUGUCACGCAAGGAGCUUCGUGGCAUUAUAAAAGGUUCUGGCUAUCUUUGUGGGUGCCAAUCAUGUAAUUAUUCCAAGGUGCUCAAUGCAUAUGAGUUUGAAAGCCAUGCUGGUUGCAAGACAAAACAUCCAAACAAUCAUAUAUGCUUCGAAAAUGGAAAAACUAUCUAUCAGAUAGUACAAGAAUUAAGGAACACUCCUGAAAGCAUGUUAUUUGACGCAAUUCAAACUGUUUUUGGUGCACCUAUUAAUCAGAAAUCCUUUCGCAUCUGGAAAGAAUCGUUCAAAGCUGCAACUCGUGAGCUCCAGCGUAUCUAUGGGAAGGAAGAACUAAUGCUGUAAAGCAUUAUUUUGCUUGCAGCGUGCAUAGAAACUAGCUUGACUGGCUAGAGAAGCAUGCAUGCACUGCAGGGAAUGCCGUUCAGAGACAGGUCAAAUGAUGCUUCUUGUUAUAUGAUGAACAGCUAGUUCAUGUAAAACUGUAUUUUGAUAUUGAAUCGGUGAGAUUGGGUGCCUAAGUACAAUGUAAGAAACCAAAGGGAAACUUCUGUGUAAAUCACUUGGUGACCAUGACAAUUGAACUGGCUUUCUUACUGGAAAUUUCUGGUAAGAGUUGAUCA